AAGACUAAUUGCUGUUUGUUGGUGCUGGUGCAGACCAGCUUCAAAACAGUUGUCUAAUCUGUAGAGAUGCAUUUGUCGAUAAUUAUAUGGCUUAUGUAAUCCGCCGAAAUGUUAUGUCGUAAUAUUUUACCUUUUGUUGUAUCUGAUGUAGAACGACACCGCUAAUUGUACCGUUUUGCCGCUAGAUCAAUAGGAUAUACUGCUAUGGCAAACAGAAAACAAGUGUUUCAGUCAAAAGUCCUUAAGAAGCUCUAUCCUGUCUCUUCCACAUUGAGGAAAGAACAAAGUCCACCUCUUUCUGCAGAGGCUAAUGCCAAAACAUCAAGUGUAAACAGAAAAGCAUGUGAACAGGACACUGUGGGAGAUGCAGGAAAGAGUCAAAAUGCAGCCAGUGCACGCCCUCGGAUGUACACAGUUCUACCUCCUCCUCCGGACUAUCAUAUAAAUCUGGAUAAAUCUGUUUCACUUCCCCAGCUUAAAAGCAUAAAUAGUGAUGAGGAUCCAGUUGGUGAAAGCGUCCACUGUAGCAAUGAUGAAGCGGAUGAACAAAAUGAACAGAGGAGAAGGAGGAGGAGGAAGAGGAAGAAAACUUCUAUUCAGGACAAUGGGAAAGAUGAGACGCCAUCGAAUGAGUCCAGCGUCGGUCAGAGUCAGGUACCUGGAGCUGAGGGGGAAUGCAUGAGCAAGAAUAAGAAGAGAAAACAGAAGAAGAAAAGGCACAAAGAGAAGCUGAAGGCCAUGGGUCUGAUGCGCAGGGCUGCUCCUCUGGACUUCACGUACAAUAAAGAUAAAGAGGAGGAGGACGAGGAAGAUAACGAGAGCAGAGCUGCCGAGUUAUCCGACUUCCUGAGAACAACAAAGGAAAUCUACAUGUCGGACUCCUCGCUGCCUGCAGGUCGGAGCCCUCACCUGUCCGCUGCAGUGGAUGCUCUUCUACUCAGCAUAGAGAGUGGAAACCAUCCCGACUGUGCCCUGAAGCAGCUCUACUGUCUCAAGGCCUUUGUUCAACAUAAAGACACAAACAGUCUAGAAAAGGCACUGGUGGAGCUCAGCGACAGCCCCUCCAUGUCCACAGAAGAAACGACUGCAGUUGUUUCGCUUUUCAAAUACUGGAUCACGGACAUUCUUCCUUUGCAAAGAAUUCAGGAGACAAGACGCUCUACUGCAUCCCUUUAGAAGUGUCAGUCAAGGAGAUGCUACUGAAGGACCGUUUCUGCUAGCUCUGAAA